AUGUCAAAACUUUAUGUACAAGCUUUUCCCUCCUAUCUUCCAGCAAAAUAUUUCUUAAAAUACAAAAGGAACGGCGAUCGCCAACAGAAUGCACCAAACGCGUUUUUAAUAUUUAGAGCAUCCAUCAUAGCAUGCAUAAAAAUGCUAAAGCUUCAUAUUGGUGAUGCUAUGGAAAUUUCUCACCUUGCAGCCCAAGGCUGGAAAGUACUGCCGGAUCAUCACAAAGAAGCCUACUGGAAAAUUUCGUCCGAAUUAAAAGCGUUUUAUUCGACUAAUAAAGUUUUUCGCGAAAAAGAAUAUCUAGACGAAUCCAACCGAAAUUCUAACAAUCAGGCUCUAGGUUUUCUCGUGUUGGAGUAUCGUCAAGACGAAACCAACCAAAAUCAUAAUCGUUUUUUUGUGGAAGGAUAUCAUCAAGCCGAAAAAAACCACAAUCCUAAUCAUCAUAAUAAUUGUUUUUUAGGAGGAUAUCAAUAUCAUCAAGUUAAAACAAACCAAAAUCCCAAUAAUCAGUUUGAAGAUGAGAAAAAUCAAGGCGAAACCAACCAAAAUCAUAAUAAUCACUUUGAAAUUACGAAGGAAUAUUUUAAUCAGUUUGGUGAUUUAUUUCCGGAGGAAUAUUCUUUAAAUCAAGUCGAAACAAACCAAAAUCCUAAUAAGCAUCUUGGAGAUGAGAAACAUCAAGUCGAAACAAACCAAAAUCCUAAUAAGCAUCUUGGAGAUGAGAAACAUCAAGACGAAACCAACCAAAAUCAUAAUAAUCAACUUGAAGAUGGGAAACAUCAAGACGAAACCAACCAAAAUCAUAACUGUUUUUUCGUGGAAGGGUAUCAUCAAGACGAAACCAACCAAAAUCAUAAUAAUCAUUCUUUCGUGGAGGGAUAUUAUCAAAACGAAUCCGACCAACAGUUUGAAGGCUUUUGCCAAAAUUUUAAUAUGGUCUAA